ACUGCUCAGCGAAGAAGCAGGCGUACGGCCACUCGCCGCUGUGAUUCAACCGAAUGUGAAAUGUGUAAAUCUAAGCAAAGAGAAUUGCGCUCUCCAAGUGAAUUUAAAGCAUUUCCAUUUCUUUUUGAACGCGGAACAGUGCCAGCUUCUGAUUACUGCUGAUUGCUCCUCACACUUUGCGGUCUGCACGAUUACCAGCGAGAGUAGUGCAUCGGCGAAUAGUACGUGCGACUUAUUAAAGUAGUUAGUUCAAGAACCGAUAUUCUGACCGGGUCUCCGCUGAUCGCAACCUGCACCUUGAUCGGUCUCCAAUCCGCUCCAAUUGUCGGUUACUUCUGCUAACAUCACCGGAAUUUCGGUGGUUAGCCCCGCAGUAGGGGAGUUCGUGAAAGUGAUUCGUUGCACUUUUGGUCGGAAAGUGAAGUUCCUUCCUGGUUCGGACGAUUCCGCGAUCAAAGCAGAUAAAUGAAUGUUAUUGUUGUCCUCCUCGCAGGAAUACUUAUAAUAGUAUUCGUCAAGUACUAUCUAGUCAAUAAGCAGCGCAACCGUCCAAAGCGACUAUCAAAAUCCCACUUACCUCCACAACUAAAAACAGUUUGGGACAUACCAGGACCAAGGAUUCUACCCUUUCUGGGAACAAAGUGGAUAUUUUCCAUUUAUUAUAAAAUAAAUAAGUUACAUGAAGCCUAUGCAGAUUUGAAUAAAAAAUAUGGAGACAUCGUCCUAGAAGUAGCGCCAGCAGGAAUACCUAUUGUGCACUUGUUCGGCAAGGAUGAUAUUGAAAAAGUUUUGAAAUAUCCUAGUAAAUAUCCAUUCCGCCCGCCUACUGAAAUCAUUGCAAUAUACCGGAAAUCUCGACCUGAUCGAUAUGCCAGCAUUGGAAUAGUGAACGAGCAAGGCGAAAAGUGGCAUCACCUACGAUCGAACCUCACACCUCAUAUGACAUCUCCCAAAGUACUUCAGCAAUUUCUACCCGCCUUAAAUCUUAUUUUUAACGAUUUUAUAGAUUUACUAAAGCAGAAACGAGACCCCCAAACAAACAUCGUUGAAAACUUCCAGGACAUUACUAACCUCCUUGGCCUGGAAGCAACAUGUGCUCUUAUGCUAGGUCGUCGCAUGGGAUUCCUGUCAACGGACGGGAGCCAGCCAGAGAAUAUAAAACUCCUCGCCGGGGCCGUGAAGCAAUUAUUCAUAUCACAAAGAGAUUCAUAUUACGGCUUCGGACUAUGGAAGUAUCUUCCAACGAAAACAUAUCGAGAUUUCACUGCGAGCGAAGAAAUCAUCUACAAUGUUGUUUCAGAUAUUAUUGAUAAUACGGCGAGCGAUGACGACGCGUCGUGUGACGAUGAUCUCAAAUGUGUGUUCCUAGAAAUACUGAAGAAUGAUCAGUUAGAUAUUCGGGAAAAGAAGUCCGCUAUUAUCGACUUCAUUGCAGCCGGCAUUGAGACGCUGGCGAACACCCUCAUUUUCAAUUUACACUAUAUCAUCAAAGAUCCUUUUUGUCUCAGUCGGAUACGUGAAGAAUUCCAAAAUUCUAGUGAAUUAAUUUAUCAAGAUGACUUAUCCAAAGCUACAUAUACCAAAGCCUGCAUCCAGGAAGUUUACCGACUUCAGCCCACAGCGUUUUGCUUGGCUCGACUCCUGGAAGAGGAGACGACAUUAUCAGAUUACAACUUGAAGGCUGGAACAAUAGUUAUAUGCCAUAGUAUGCUUGCCUGUCGGAAGGAGGAGAACUUUAAGGAUGCCAAGAAAUUCAAGCCUGAAAGAUGGAUACAAAAUAAUAACUUGCACGUUAACACUGAGUCUGGGUCAGGAAUAGUCAUACCGUUUGGAUCAGGAAAACGAACUUGUCCAGGCAAGAGAUUUGUGAAUCUGGAACUUAUUUUGCUUGUCGCCAAGCUGUGCAAAACUUUCGACAUUACAUUCAUGAAUGAAAUGGAAAUAGACUGCGAAUUCUUACUAGUUGCUAAACCACCUGUCAAUUUAAUUUUAAAAGAUAUUUAAUAAAUC